GAAAUAACGUGUAUUGAUAUGCUCCCUUAAAACACAGUGCAAUAAAUUACUUGUAGUCUCAAUAUAUUAAUCACAUUUGAAAGCAACAAGAUAAUGGCAACACGAUGUUCCGCUUUGUCGCUAAUGCAAGCCUGAUAUUGGGACUUAUGCACUUUUUAUUCGUAUGCCCCCAAUACCAAAGGCACAGCUACCAAAUCGAGGAUAAAGCGAAGAGAGAAACAACAAGGCAUGGUGCAGAGCUCAACAUUUUAGAAAAUGAUUCAGAAGAACGCAAAACGCUAUUUUCACGCGAUACGAAAUCUGAUGUUUAUUUCCCUGCUUCGAGCUCGAGAGAAAAGAGGGAAAUUCAAAACGAAGCAUGCGAGUCGGUUGACAUAGAUUUCAAUUGUAAUGAUACGAAAAGAUCUUGCCGGGAGCGUUGUGGUGACAAGGUAACAAUGGAAAAUGCGACGAGCUUUGUUUGUCACUGUGAUGAGUUAUGUCAACAUUACGGUGACUGUUGUAAAGAUUAUGGACAACAAUGCCGAGGUUGUAAUGCUACUGAACGAGGUGUCGACACAAACCAGACCUUCUUUGAUAUCCCAACUGACGACGAAAGGUGUGCCCCUCUUUCUGUUCAUAACACACAACGCUCAGACUACCAAUGUACGCGUGUUCAAAGAGCCGGUCGGGUGUUCCUGAAAGCAAGUUGUCACACUGACUUUAAGGGAUCUGCAUUGGAGAAAAAGUGCUUCGGUGACGGUGAGCCAUUCUCAAAUAUUCCCUGCUACGAUGUGAUUAAACGUACACACUACAAGAACAAAUAUUGCGCCGAGUGUGAUUACGUAAAAGCAGUGAAGUUUUGGAGACCAAAAAUCGAAUGCCUCCAUGGUGAACACUUUAACAAAUUAAAAGUUGGAAGCUUAAAUAUCCCUCGAAUCAAAGAAUUGAUUGAGGAUUCGGGAGAUAUUGGUAGUGGGUGUAGAUACGAAUAUUUGGAACCAUUGUUGGACACAUACGAUCGCGAGGAUAUUCGGGGGUCUUCGCGUCCUUGCUUUAGCACGAUUUCGGAGUGUGGAUUGUGCAAGGACUCACGUCUGGAAGCACUUUGUCAUUCCCAUGGUUUAGAUCCAAUUCAAGAAAUUAAUAUUUUUCAUAAUAUGUACUGUUGGAAAUGCAAUCCGCAGUUACAUUAUGUAUCGAACUCGCGAAUAUACCCUGAUCUAUGUCGAUUGGUCGAUAGCUCCGACGGAAGGUUUUUUUUACCUGAGCAUUUACCACUUGUUUCAUUUCAAAUUUUAAUGGACGUUACGGGAGACACCAUCAACGUGAGGACUGUUGCAAAUGAACAACAUACGAGGAUAGCUGAAGUGGAACUUGCUUGUUCUGAUGACCUGGUUCAAUGCCGAUUGAAACGAUGCCUUGGCAAUUUGAAACUCGAUGGGGAUCAAUGUAUUAUUCGUGACAUUGUUGUGAAAGUGGCGAUCACUUGUAGAAUGCUGAUGUGGUCAAAUUCAAAUUUCAUCUCGGCUUACAUCAAUUCACAAAUACUAUUUGAAAUUUUCCCACCGCUUCGCGUUGUUUCCGAUCAUAUAACCAUUAAGAUCGAUGGCAAUUGGAUAAACAAGGCGUUCACAUUCGAUGUUUUAUUUCAAGACAAACCAAAUGUUUCGGAAACAAUCAACAAAACAAUGGCGAACAGCAUUGGUCAGUUGGAGGAGAAAUUGAACAAUUUUCUUCUUUCAAACAAUAUGUCUAAUGACGCAGUUCUCGGUGGCAUCAAGUACAAUGUCGUCUCAGUUCCUGAGAGGGCAGAUUCUACGGUGGCCCAAAAUAGAUCAGCAGCGACAGUUAGUGCAGUGGCCACAGGUACAAAAUCAGCACACAACUCCGCUGAUACAACAACAGGGACAUUCAUAUUACGGAUGUUGAUGUGGUUUUUGAUUUUCAGAAUCAUCAUUCACGUGCGCACGAACAUGACUUGAGAUAUAGUGAUAAGACAUACACCCACUAGGGUGUCAUUAUCACUGAUAUGUAUAUAUGUUUAUUAAGAUAUAGAGAUAUAGACUGAGAUAUUAAGAUAUAGACAGAUCAAGAUAUGGACUGAGAUAUUAAGACAUAGACUGAGAUAUUAAGAUGUAUCGAAAUAUCGACAGAGAUAUCAAGAUAUAGGCAGAGAUAGUGAGUAAUUUGAAUCUGAUUUUUUCAAAUGAAUGUUAAUACAGUAGAACCUGUGUGUAAGUGGAACGCCCUCCGUUCUGCCAAAAGUGUUUCGCUGAGGAGGUGUUCCACUUACGGAGGUUUUGGGUUCUUAGUCCUCCUCAUUCUGCCAGUCUUUGGCACAGAGAUUUGGCAAUUAAGUUUAAGACUUGUUCCUAAUAAUUCAUUUGUUUUUAACUGACAUUCUUAUUCUACCUAUCAAGUUUGAAACAACACAUGUCCAUCUCUACAGGAGGUUGAUCCAAAUUUGCUGCAUGAUAAUCUUAUGAAAUCCUACUUUGCUGAUUAUCAAAUUAAUUAGUGGUAGCAUCGCAUGUUGAUCUCUAUAGGAGGUUGAUCCAAUUUGCUGAAUGGUAAUCCGUUAAAACCCUAAUUUGCCAAGUAUCACAUUAUAACCUGUUUUCAGAUACCAAGAUAAUACUGUAGGAGGUUAAUUCUGUUUAUAUAGAGUAUCAAUAUUGAAAUGAAUAUGCUAUUUGUUUAAUUUGCUUAAUUGUUAUCUAUUUUGGUUUUUAUUUUGUUUUAAUUUUUGAAUACUUUUUGUAAAAUCAACCAAACUUUCUUUUGUAUAACUAUAAUAUUGAGAGGUCUAAAUGGAAUGUAGACGUAUGUACCUAAGAAAAUGUUGUAUAUGCUAGUUUGUUCCAACAAGAUUCGAAAAGAUAUUUUAUUUCAUUCUCGGGAAUUGGUAGAAAGGAACAAAAAACAAAUGCACAAUAAAACAAAAAUGUUAACAAUAACGUUUAAAUAAAUAUACUUAAAUAAUUUUCGCAUUAAAUUGUUGCCAAUCCGUCAACAUUACAUAAAGGACCGUGUUUUUUACAGAGUAUUUUUUAGUUGGUUUAAGAGAAAAACAUUAAAUGCAAACUUAAUGCACC